AAUGCUUUUGUCCGCCAACUUAAUUUUUUUUGUUUAUAAAUGCGUUUAAAUAAAUUCGAAAUGCAUUUUCCAAUUGUCACUUUAAUUAUCAUUAUUUUUCAGCAUAUCAAUCGAAUUCUAACCCAUGGUAUACAUUUAAGUCCGUGUCCGAAAAUAUUCGAAUACAACUACGAUGGCACUGAGUGGUUUGGCUUGCUCACCGUGCGUAACCCGGAUCCAAACGAGGAUUUGCAUAUCAAGGUGACCCUCUCCAUGCGCGGAAAGCCAACGAACUACCUGGGUGAAAUUGAAUUGCUCUCGCGUGGCCAAUUGCAUACCGGUGUGCCGGUCCUUUAUAAAAUUAAAUUCCCCCGGGCGCAUUUUCCACCGAAACUGCUGCAAGUAUCUGCAAACAAUCAAGUAAUUUGUGUGGGUCAAACAGAUCACAGUAUGUUCGUGACACAAAUUCAACUCGAGCAUACUAGAAAAUUUACAUUCAUUGGUGGUGAUGAGCCGUCAGGCACAAUGCCGGAAGACGCACUAUUCGCCGCUGCAGAGAUGACGGAUGAAGAGGAAGAUGAUGACGUUGACUCCAUGACAAUCGAUACGGAACUUAGUGCGAAACGUAUACCAAUGAACCAUGCAGAAAUCAAAGCUAAGUACAAAGCAAAUGAAAACAUUUGCGGAAAAAUAGAUCCACUCAUACGUUCUCGCGCACCAUCGCCGCCGCUUACCGCUUCAACACUAGCCGCUGGCAAUACCAAACCUUUGAUAUCACACACAGAUGAAAAGCAAAGGCAUCACAUCGCGAACAGCAAAAUUCCGCUUGCUACCUCAGUGCGUGGUGGUAAAGUCAACGAUAAUGGAACCAACAACCCACUUCAGACAUCCGAUGUCACGCCGCCCAUACUUUUGCCGAACAUGGCUGACAACGCUGAAAAUGUCACGCAUUUUCGUUACUCCAACAGCUCGUCGACCACUUUGCCAGCGACGAUACUUCAACGUGGUGCCUGGCCAUGGUUGGCCGCAAUUUACGUGAACAAUUUGACAUCACUAACUUAUCAGUGCGCUGGCACCUUGGUGUCCUCACGUGUGGUCAUAAGUUCAGCGCACUGUUUCCAGCUACAUAAGCAAGGUUACCCAGCCAACGAGGUGCUUGUUUUUCUCGGUCGGCACAAUCUGCAAAAUUGGAAUGAGGAAUACUCAAUAGCAGCGCCGGUUAGUGACAUUUUCAUAUAUCCCGACUAUGAUGAUCUACUUGGCACCUAUGAUGCGGAUAUAGCGGUGGUGAUGUUAAAGCAUCAAGUGCGUUUUAAUACUUACAUACGUCCAGCCUGUCUGUGGAGCGGUGCUAGUCAACUCGAGUAUAUAGUUGGCGAGCGCGGCUUUAUUGUAGGCUGGGGUAUUUCAAAUACGAAGAACCACAGUAAGCCAACUAUAGCUGGAGUACCGCGUAUUAUUGAAGCGCCAAUUGUGUCAAACGAGGUUUGUUUCGCAUCAAGUCCACUUCUACGUAGCCUCACUUCCAAUCGCACUUUCUGCGCAGGUUCGGUGACCUCAGCAUGUCCGGCGCGUGACUAUUUGACCAUUACAUUUGCUGAUCAGCGAGUUCGGGGAGGCCCUUGUACCGGAGAUUCAGGUGCUGGAUUGUUUUUGAAAAGGAACAAUCGUUGGCUGUUGCGUGGCAUGGUCUCGGCCACACUACCGUCGAAUCAAAACAAAUGCCUCUGUGAUCAAUAUGUCAUAUAUGUGGAUGUGGCAAAAUUUCUUGAUUGGAUUAUGGCAUUCAUUAUAUAGUCUCGGCCGGAGUAGAGAGAUAAGUCACGCGAAUUUUAAUGGCUACUAGGAUAUGAGUGACGAUGUGAUAGAUUUACGGAAAUUAAUUGCAUGAAAUAAUAACUAAAUAAAUUUAAUUUCAGUUAUUUUUAAGUUCAAAAACU